AUGUCCAGCGCGUCAACAAGCAGUUCCGGAGGGACGGGAGGAAAUAAAGCACCACCUCCCGAACCAGACGGACCGCCCUACCUCCCCCACCAAGCCCAACUAGGCGGCAAACCCACGCGCUCCAUCGACGUGCCCAUAUGUUCCGUCCUCCUGGUCGUCUUCCUAACCCUAGCCGCCAUGAACAUGACCAUCUAUCAAAUCAACCGCCGCAUCGGCUUCAAAUUCCUCUUCUCCGGUUUGCUGUUUGGCUUCUGCAUGGCCCGCGUCGUCGCCUGCGCAACCCGAAUAGCCUGGGCGCUCCACCCGGACGACGAGAACCUGGCCAUCGCCUCGCAGAUCUUCGUCGCGGCGGGCGUUCUGCUGCUGUUCAUCACCAACCUCGUCUUCGCGCAGCGCAUGAUCCGCGCCUACCAUCGAUUUUUCGGCUGGUCUCCCGGUGUCACCCGCUUGUUCAGGGGUCUCUUUGCGAGCAUCGUUGCGGUGCUGGUCAUGGUCAUCACGGUCACCAUCCAGAGUUUCUUCACGCUUAAUAGAAAAACGCAUCGGGUUGAUAAGGGGAUCCAGCUCUUUUGCGGCGUUUACCUAGCCGUUAUAGCCUUCCUGCCUAUCCCGCUUGUGUUGGCCGCGGCGUCGGUGCCGAGGAGGACGCCCAUCGAUAGGUUUGGCGUGGGACACUUCCGGACGAAAUUCGGCUUGCUCACGUUCACUUCGGUGCUGCUGGCCACGGGCGGCAUCUUCCGCGCCGCGACGAAUUUCGUCGUUCGCCCGCUAAAUAACCCGGCGUGGCCGCAGACGAAGGCGGCGUUUUACUGCUUCAACUUUGGGAUCGAGCUGGUGGUCGUGAUCACGUAUCUGCUGUCGAGAUUCGACAGGAGGUUCCACAUACCUGAUGGCAGCUCGGCGCCGGGUCAUUAUUCCAUGUCCGAGUAUGGGGUGUUGGCAGGGGCGAACGUGGGAGCAGCAGGAAUAGGGGCGCGGAAUAGUAUGCCUGUUAACGGAGGUGGUGUUGCUACUACUAGGUCUAGUGAUGACACGGGGAAGAAGAGAGUCUCUCGUGGGGUUCGGGAUCCGAUUCUGGAUUCCGCCCCGGCCAUGGCGACGGGGACGGGGGUGGGGACAUGGGCGGGGACAGCGGAAGCCUUUACAUCAGCUGACUUGCCGCAUAUCUAUGAGCCGGCUGGUAGCAGCAGGAGGGGAUCACAUUGGUCCUUGUUGUCGAAGAGCCGGAAGAGUGGUGGCUCUUCACUAUAUGGGGGAGAUGUCUCACUACCGGAGUUGCCAUUUAGUGAGAUGCAUGAGAGUAUUGCUGCUACUGUGGCAACUGGCGGAGAUCCUGAUAUGGAGUGGAUGGCUAGGGCUAUGCGCGAGCUGUAUGGUGACGAUGAGGAGGAAGUAUAA